AUGACCGGGGACCUUCGCCGGCCAAGUUGUCCCGCGGCGCUGCCUUAUGCGCCACAGGGCGCGCCGUCCGCUCCCACAGCCGCGGACCCGCGGAUUGGACCCGAGCGUGGCCCCACGGCCAAGCCCACGUCCCCGCGGCCCGGCAUGCCACUCGCGGAGAGCUACCGUGAGGUGCGCUCCGAGGAGGCGCCGGGCGCCGUGCACGUGCGGGUCAGGGGCAGCAAGGUCCGGAACCGACUAGCCCUCGCCAUCCCCAGCAUGGCGCCGCCGGCCGCGCGCCCCGUCUUCAGCGGCGGCGGUAGGGCCACCCCCCAGACCGCCACCCAGACCGCCACGUGUGCCGAGACCCUCGCGCGGCGGAGCCUCCCGCCGGGCCCAGCAGCCGGGCACCCGUCUCCGUCUCCGCGCACUGAAAACAUGCCCAGCCUCGCCAUCCUACUUUCCAAGGAGGCACUGGGGCCGCGCCAACCCGGCUACCCCCCGACACCCCACUCUGGCCCCUCGUCCCCGCCAACCCGGGCGACACCCGAGAGGAGCCGGGAACCCGCUGCCGGAGAAGGCUCCGCGAAGGGUCGCACCUGGGCCGGUGCUGCGGAGAGGACUGGACGGCCUGGGAACUCGGGCCCGGGGCCACCUCCCGACUGGGUUUCACACCCGGCGCCUCCGCCCGGACGUGCGCCUUCGGCCGUUGGCGCCGCGGUCUCCUGGAGCUCAGCCGGGUCUCGGCUCCCCGGGCUGCCCUGGAACGCCGCGGCCACAAGAGGACCCAGGGCAGCUUCGGGGGCGGGUCUCCUUCCCUUACGUUGCCUGAAGAUGCAGAAUUCCACCUUCAGCUUUGCUGAGCCAUACUGA